UGGCGCUUGGUCGUGCAGCCCAGGGGACUAGAUGGCAUGCUGGACCCAGGCUCAGCGCAGCGUCCGGACCCAAUAACGGCUUUUCCAAGGGAGCAGCUUUCUGUCCUGGCCACAUUGAGGUGCUCAGCGUAAUGUCCCUGUUGUUCUACACUCUGGUCACAGCUCUUCUGAUCGGCACACAGGCAGAACCGCGCGCCGAGCGCCAUGCCCCGGCGGGCCGCGCCGGCCCCCAAGCCCACUGGACUAAGCUUCAGCACUCCCUGGACACGGCCCUCCGCAGAGUCCGCAGCGCCCCGGCCGGCGCGAUAGCAGCCAGGGUGGCCGGCCAGACCGGCAACAUCACUGUGGACCCCAAACUUUUCAAAAAGCGGCGGCUGCGCUCCCCGCGCGUGCUCUUCAGCACCCAGCCCCCCGCGGUGGCCGCUGACCCUCAGGACCUGGACUUCGAGGCGGCGGCGGGGGCGGCGGGGGCGGCGGGGGCCGCCUCCUUCAACAGGACUCACAGGAGCAAGCGAUCGGCGCCGUCUCACCCCAUCUUCCACCGCGGGGAGUUCUCGGUGUGCGACAGCGUCAGCGUGUGGGUGGGGGACAAGACCACCGCCACGGACAUCAAGGGCAAGGAGGUGAUGGUGUUGGGCGAGGUGAGCAUCAACAACAGCGUGUUCAAACAGUACUUUUUCGAGACCAAGUGCCGGGACCCCAGCCCCGUGGACGGCGGGUGCCGGGGCAUCGACUCCAAGCACUGGAACUCCUAUUGCACCACGACGCACACCUUCGUCAAGGCGCUCACCAUGGAAGGCAAGCAGGCGGCCUGGAGGUUCAUCCGCAUCGACACGGCCUGCGUGUGUGUGCUCAGCCGGAAGGCGGGGCGCAGAGCCUGACCCCCGCCACCCUCCCCCACACUCCUGGGC